AUGAAUGCGUUGGAAGGUGAAGCCAAGCUUUUGAUCCGAGAGCUUAAAACUCUUGAGCUUGUGAAAUUAAUCGAAACUGAAGAACUCCAGAGAAUUCCGAAAUCUGCUCAAGUGUCCGAAAGGGCGAGGAAACAGGGAAACGCGCUCUACGUGAAGCAGCACCAUACCACUGAGGAGCACUUUGAAAUAUUGAAAUUCUACUGCAAGAGCAUAACUUUUGCACCCAACCAGUCCGAAGAGUUGGCAUGUGCCUACGGAAACAGAUCUGCUCUGCUCUUUCACUUGAAGAAGUGGUCGGAGUGCAUUCAGGAUGUGGAGAGAGCUCUGGCGAUUACUCUGGAUGAAAAUCUGAGAAUAAAGCUAACCAAGCGCAGGGAUAAGAGCUUACAGCUAUUUAAUUUAACUAUUGAGCUAGAAAAGAGACGCAAGGAGCUAUCAAGUCAAUUAAAUGGUCAUAAUUCAGAUGAGAAGCUCAAGAAUCUUGAUGAAUCUUCAAAGCUUUCUUUAGAAAACAACAAUGACAACUUAUUGUCCAGGAAAAAAUUAUGCGAUUCAGUGAAAAUACAACACAGUGCCAAGUAUGGUAGAUAUUUGGCGGCUAAACGUGACAUAAGACCGGGUGAGAUAAUAUUAGUUGAAAAACCUUAUGUAAAUAGCUUCAACACUCAGAAUCUUUAUCCGCACUGUGGCCACUGUUUGGCUGUCAAUUGGGCAGGAGUACCUUGCGAACACUGUGGAUGGAUGAUGUAUUGCUCUGAAAAAUGUAGAAAAGAUGCUUGGGAACAGUAUCACGACAUAGAGUGCUUUUGUAUUUUUUACAUAUGUUAUUUUUCUAAUCAUGCUAAAGAAUAUACAGGCAAGGAAAUUCGAUUUGAUGGAAUUGGUAUUAGGGUUUUACUUAAGGCUCUAAAAGAAGCUGGGAGCUUAGAAAAACUGAAAGUACAGAUGAAAAGUGUUGAUCAAUGUGCAGAUCCAUGCAAGAGGGGUUUUUCUAAAAAUGGUAGAUUUGAGAGUGACAAGUUUAUAAGUUUAUAUAGCCUAUCUCACUCUGUGUCUAGAAGUGAGAAGAAAGGCCUUGCAAUAUUUGCCGCUAUUGCUCUUACUUGUAUAGCAAAGUAUACAAAAUUUUUUGGAGAAGCUUUCAAGUUCUCAGUUAAUGCACUGUUAGAAAGUUCAAAUGCUAUUUUUAUUGGCUCCCUGCUAUUAAGAUUAUCAACCAUAAGUAGCAUUAACAGUCAUUGCGUAUUAAAUGCCACUGAUAAAUGCAAAUAUUUUCGGGAUGAAGAGACAUGUAUAGAAAAAUGGUGUUGCACGAGGGGAACCUGCAUUUUACCAAUUGCUAGUCUGACAAAUAAUAACUGCAGUCCAAAUGCUAGUAGAUGUUAUACAGAAGAUCAAAAACUGAUUUUGUUUGCAAUCCAACCGAUUAAAAAAAAUAGCCAAGUAAAUGUUUAA